UUAUGAGAUAAGAAAUCCUUUUAACAUGUUCUUAUGAAGAGCAUGAGAACAGUCCAAUAAUAGGAAUUUGCACUAACAAAAACUGCAAACAUAAAAGAACUUAUUGUAUUGCUUGCAAACCUUAAUUUCACACAGAACAUUCAGAUGAUUUGGUUAGAUUACAUGAAUUUGAUAGUUGGAUUAAAAGCAGAAGAUAAUUGAUUGAACCUGUAAAUCAGCUUAUUGGUGAAGUUUAAUCCUUUUAAAAAUCUCUAAAAUGUUUAGUUGAAAACGUAGAUAAAAAAAGUCAACCAGAUCUUGAGACUUUAAAUUGUUCAGAAAUAGAGGAGUAUAUUAAUUAACUUAUUCUUCUCGAAAAAUCAUAAGUUCGUUUGAUUCCAAAAAUAAGAUAAUUAAUUUCUUUUUAAGAGAAAUUAAAAAAAGAGAUUGAGAGUCUAAUUUUAAAUAAGGAAUGUAUUUAAUAUUCUAUAAAAAGUAAGCGAAAAUGAAUAGUUGACAAUUCAAGAGUUAUGUUAUUCAUAACAAAUGAAUUCAUCUUGUAUAAUUAAGGACGAUGACAUAAAAAUAGAGGAAUACAAAGAAACUGAUAAAUACACAAAAAUUCAAAUCAAAUUUUCAUAAGAACUAAAAUACGAAGAUAUUACUCUUACAAAAAAUUAAUUAAUUGCUUAAGGUGAUCUUUUUGCUCUUUGUGAACCAGUAUUACCAAUGAAUCUUUCAACUAAGUUUGCUUUCAAAUGCCAUGAAGAUGGGAUAUAUAUUGGCGUUUGCAGAAAGGAAUUAAUUUAAAAGGCAAAUUUUAAUCCAAAACUCAAUAAAAUUGGGCAUGGGUAAUAUAAAUUAUAAUUUUAGAGCCUAUUUAAUUUUUUGUGAUGGUUCUGUCUACUCACAUUUAGAAAAAGAAAAGAAUUUAACCAAACAAUCAUUCAAAUAUGCAAAGAAUGACAUAAUAUAAGUUAUUGUAUAAAUGGCAGAAUAGAAAAUUACUUGGAUUAAAUAGUAUACGAAUGAGGAAUUUGUAAACUAUACAAUUUAUAAUAGUCUAUGAAAUUAGAAAUUGCUGAAGACCUUUGCCCUUGUGUGCAAUUAUGGGGAAAACCUGGAACUUAGGUUGAAAUUGUUGAUUUUUGACAAUUAUUUAAUUUAUUUAUAGAACAAAGUAAACACAAAUGUCCC